UCUAGCCAGCUCAAAGUGCCACGACUUCACACAGACACGGAUUCUCCAGCGGAGUGAGGGGGAGAUCUCUGAGCAACCAAAAAAAAAAAAAAAAAACCCAAUUAGUUAGAUAAAUACAAAGAUUUACACAGAAGCAACUUAAGCAACAACUGCAAGCUUUGUGCCUUUUUUGUUUUCCCCCAUAUCGUUUUGAAACCAGCGGCUUUAGCUAACUUUCAUCACCAGAAAAGGUUCAUCUGAAAUUGAAUAAUGGAUAUCUAUGACCCCCAGAUGCUUGGGCUAAUGGUGUUUGGUGGAUUCAUGGUCAUAUCUGCUCUUGGGAUUGCCAUGGUCUAUAGUUUCUCCAUGAAGGAAACCUCUUAUGAGGAGGCCUUAGCUAAACAACGCAAAGAGUUGGGUAAAAUACAGUCUGUUCGCCCUGAAAAGAAGAAGAACAAGAAAAACAGAGUAAAGAAGGAGGAGGAAAAACCCAAUGGGAAGAUUCCAGAGCCAGAAAAAAAUGAAGAGGCUUUCACAGAUGAUCCAGUUAGGGAGCUUUCCUCUACCCCAGUUGACGUUGCUCCUCCUGCCCCGGAGCCUGUCCGUAUUACUGAGGAUAAAUCAACUCCAACCCCAGCACCCGCAGUGUCUGAUUUAAAAGCUACUGCUGCUCCAAGCUUUUCUCUUGCUGAGCCUUCACUCACUGCAUCACCAAAAGAGAAAAAGAAGAAAAAGGUUGCAAAGGUGGAGCCUGCCUCUGCCCAGCCAUCUCCAUUGUCUUUUCCAGCAGGAGUCAAGCCUUCUACAGUUACUACAACCCAGAACCCCACAACUCUCACAGCCAAAACAACUACCCAAACAAAGGCUGCCCCAUCCAAGUCAGCCACUACCAUGACCGCUGCCCCAGCCAAGCUGCCUCCUGCCACAGCCAAGCCAGCCCCGGCCCCUGCCAAGCCACCUCCUGCCACAGCCAAGCCAGCCACGGCCCCGGAAAAGUCCGCCCCGGCAAAGUUGGCUAUGGAAAAGACGGCAACAGCACCUCAUCUGGCUAAAUCGACUGCUGCAAAACCAGCCCCAGAUAAGCCUGCACCGGCAAAGUCAGCCCCAGGUCCUGCUUCAAAGAAGUCAACUCCAGGUCCCAUCUCAGGGAAAUCUACCACUGUAGCAACCAAAUCUGUCGCUGUUCCAGACAAGCCAGCUCAAGCCCCAGCUAAAUCUGCCACAGCAAAGUCUAUACCAGCUCCUUCCAAGUCUGCUCCCAUGUUAGAAGCUGUCACAAAAGAUGUGCCAGUGAUGGCUGUACCACCAGUGGGAUCUCAGCAGACUGCCGCAGUGGCAUCAAAACCACAAGAGAACAAGAAGAAGGCCUCAAAGAAAAAAACUGAGCCUGUGUCAACGGCAGAUUCUGGUGAUGUCCCAUUAUACCUGCCCUACAAGGCUCUCUUGUCUACCAUCAGGAGCAUGAUGUUCAGUGAGGGAGAGGCACAGAGGCUCAUCGAGAUCUUGUCUGAGAAGGUUGGCGUCAUUCAGGACACCUGGCACAUGGCAACUCAGAAAGGGGAUCCAGUGGCCUUGCUGAAAAAGCAGCUGGAGGAAAGGGAGAAACAGCUGGCAGCUGAACAAGAAGAUGCUUCUGCGGCAAGGAAUCGACUGAGAGAACUGACCAAGGAACUGUCUGCUGAGAAAUCCAAGGUGGCCAGUGUGGAGACAAGACUAAGCUCUCAAUUGAGCAAGAGAGAGCAAGAAAUGAUUGCUCUCCAAACUCGAAUGCAAGCCAGUUAUCAGGACCAUGUAGCCCAGACCCAAAGACUGAAUGCACAGAUCCUCAGCCUACAGGACCAGUUGGACAAAGGCCCCAAUGCCCAGUUGGCUCGUCUACAACAGGAGAACUCCAUUCUUCGUGAUGCUCUCAACCAAGCCACAAGUCAGGCUGAGAGCAAACAAAAUGCAGAACUGGCCAAAUUGCGACAAGAAUGUAGUAAGUUAACCAAAGAACUUGGUGAGAAGACAGAAAGUCUGCUAUCUGAUGAACACAUCAGGAAAGGACUGGAAGCCAAGGCUUCAGCUGCUGAGAAGCAGCUCACGUUGCUACAGGCUAACCAUGCAGAGAGUGAGCAGGCUUUGCAGAAGAGACUGGAGGAAGUGAGUGAGGAACUCCGAACAUCCCAGAGUAGAAGCACCAACCUGCAGGCCCUCUUGGAAAAAGCACAGGAGGACAGCAGCACACUUUCAGAAUUUCAGGUGCACAUGGAGACUAUGCAGGCUGAGGUCAGGGAGCGCUCUGCUCAGGUUGAUGCCCUCACUGCCGAGCUCGGGGACACACGUGCAGAGAAAGAUCAACUUGAACAGCAGGUGGCCUCCAUCAACACACUGCUUGAGGCCAGUCAAAGCAAAAAGGAGGAGUAUAAUCAGGUUAAUGUUGCAGAGCUUGAACAGCUCAAGUUGAGCCUUCAGCAGAGUGAGAACGAGCUAAACGCACUCAAUGACGAACUGAAGCAGCUGCGGAUGAAGCACGAAUCAGCUAAUGCUACUAUUGUUGAGCUUGAGCAAAGACAUAAAAGUGAGGAUACCAGCCUUAUCAAAUCACUUCAGGAUGAGAUCAGUCACCUCAAGGAAGAGAUGGUGCAACUCAAGAACACACCAGCAGAGCUCUCGGCAGAGCUGAAAACUCAACUGAACAGUCUUGCUGAAAAAGAUGCCCUCGUCACCACACUACAAGAGGAGCUGGGAGAAGUCAAGGAAAAGAUGACUAUUGACACUAACAUUAUUGCACAGCUGACAGCAUUUCAAACUGAAGCCAAAGAAACUCUCCAGACGCUCUUUCCACAGAUACCUCUAGAAAUGGAACAGUCAAACUGCUUACAGGUUUUUGUACACAAAGCUCAGGAGGCUCUCAAUCAGCAGAACCAGGCAUCCGACGCAGUCACGACGUUGGCUGAGGUGCUUGAGAAACUGAAGGAAGCUGAGGAGAGCCAUGGAUCCGUGCAGGCUGAAUGUGAACAGUACAGGACAGUCUUGACUGAAACUGAGGGAAUGCUCAAAGAUCUGCAGAAGAGUGUGGAGGAGGAAGAGCUGGUGUGGAAAGCCAAGAUGACAGAGUCAGAGGAACAGCUGAGGAUGGCUUUGGAGAAGACCCAGAUGCUGGAGGCGUCGGUUGAGAGCUUGAAGACAGAAAACCAACAUGUGAUGCAGCUGAAGCUGCUGCUGUCAGAGUGUCAGAGUCAGCUGGAUUUGGCCCAGAAGGAGGUGCAGGCACACAAGGAGGAGCUCACUCAGGUCACGGUGAGGGCUCAGGGAGAGCAGAAUGGCCCAGCUGAGUCUCAGCCAAGUCAGAUUGAAUAUGAGCUGAAUCAGAUGACAGAGAAGCUGCACAGGGAGGAAGCCCAGAGGCAGCAGCUCUCAGAGGAGUGUGAGCAGGCUCAGAAGACUGUAAGUAAACUUCAGGCUCAGCUGGAUCUUCCGAAGGAUUCUGAAGAGUCUCCACAAGCUGACACGGAAGAUGUUGGUCAGCUGAAGGAGCGUCUGGAGAAAGAGAAGAAGCUGUCUAAAGACCUUGGCAAUGCAGCCACGAAGCUCCAGCAGCUUCUCAAAGCAACUCAGGAGCAGCUGACCAAAGAGAAGGACACAGUGAGGACACUGCAAGAGCACCUAAUGGCAAAGGGAGAGUAUGUGGAGUUGAAGGAAGGAACAUCUGUCUGAGAGGAAGUUUACCAUUGACACUACAAUAAACCUACCAAAUAUGCCUUAUAAUUACCAUAGUUAUGCAUUCCAAA